CGUGACCAACGUAGAGUAGAUACUUAAGUAAAUACUUAUACACGACAGAGAUUUGUGUCGAGCUUGUUAAGCCAAAGAAUAAACCUAAUUAUAGAUGAAAUCUUUUGUAGUUAAAGAAAAUGAAAUCACAAUAACUCUCCAUUCCACUUGGAAUUGCUAACUGUUGUUAAAGACAAUUGUGGUGUACGCCAAUUUGAAUUUCAAAACUUGUUUGCCGUCAACGGCCGGUGAUGGGUGUUUGUAUGUGAAUUUGUAACGUUUACUAUAAUGCUUAACAAAAAACAUUUGACGAAAACAUUUUCGCCUGAUAAAUUAAAGAAAUGUGCGAAGAAACAGUUAUUGAUCAAUGGAACGAAGCCGAGUACAAGUGGAAGUACCGCUUUAACGAUACAAACCCAAUCUGGCUCACAAACAAGUAUUAAGGUAAUUGUAAGGGUUCGACCACAGAAUGAACUUGAACUGCAGGACAAUUGUAGAACCAUCAUUAAAGUUGUUGACGAUAAAAUGUUGAUUUUCGAUCCAAAGGAGGAUGAAAAUCCUUUCUUUUAUCGUGGGAUUGUUCAGAGGGGUCGAGACUUACUUAGGAAACAAAACAAAGAAUUACAGUUCAUUUUUGACAAAAUCUUCGAUAUGCAAUCUACUAAUAAUGAUGUAUUUGAAGGAAGUACCAAAGAUUUAAUUGCCAGUCUGUUAGAUGGUUAUAAUUGUUCUGUAUUUGCUUAUGGUGCAACGGGUGCUGGCAAAACUCAUACGAUGCUUGGCUGCAACAAAGACCCCGGUAUCACUUACAGAACAGUGGCAGAACUAUUUUCGCAAAUAGAAAGUCAAGGUGAACAUCGUGAAUUUAAUUUAGGUGUAACAUAUUUGGAAGUUUAUAAUGAGAAUGUACAAGAUCUUUUACAUAAAUCUGGACCUUUACAUUUGAGAGAUGAUGGUAGAUAUGGUAUUAUAGUUGCUGGUCUUAAGGUAAUUACCAUUCAAAAUGCAGAAGAAUUAUUGUCUCUUUUGGCAAAGGGUAAUAGAAAUCGUACUCAGCAUCCUACCGAUGCAAAUGAGGAAAGUAGCAGAAGUCAUGCUGUCUUCCAGGUUUAUAUUAAUAUUACCAACAAACUUGAUGGUCAAGUGCGACAAGUAAAAUUAUCUAUGAUAGAUUUAGCUGGAUCCGAAAGAGCCUCUGCCACAGGAAGUAAAGGAGCAAGGUUUAAAGAAGGUACAAAUAUCAAUAAGUCUUUACUGGCGCUUGGAAAUUGUAUUAACAGUUUGGCCGAUGGUGCAAAACAUAUAACUUAUAGAGAUUCUAAACUGACACGAUUAUUGAAAGAUUCGCUAGGUGGGAAUUGUCAGACAGUUAUGAUAGCUAAUAUUGCACCCUCUAGUUUUAGUUAUGAAGAUACAUAUAAUACUUUACGAUAUGCAAAUAGAGCAAAGAAAAUAAAGACUCACAUAAAGAAAAAUAUUAUAUCUUGUGAAAUGCAUGUAACUGCAUACAUAAAAAUGGUGGAGGAACAAAAAAAAGAAAUAAAUUACUUGAAGCAAAAGCUAUUAGCUUUAGAAAAUGGUUCGGUGGAUGUUUUGCAACCGCCGGAUGUAUUACGACCGUCGGAAAAUGCAAAAGUAAAUGAGGAGAUAGAGAGUAAAUUGACCCAACUAUUUCAAAAGAAGAAAGUUCUAAAUGAAAAGAUCUUAUCAUUAGAAAGCGCGGAUAAAAUAUUAUGUUGUAGAAUUCAGUAUAAGAAAGCAGCUGAUGAGAGAUUACAUAAUCUCACAGCAACUGUUGAUGCUACAAGUUCAGAAGAACACAAUGCUAGUGGUAAACUGCGUGUGAAUAAAUCUUUACAAUACUUUGAACGACAAAGAGAUUCCUUGAAAACACAGAUGAUAGUAACAUGGGAGGAAUUGUGCUCAUGUGAAACAGAAUUACAGAAACUGAAAACAGAAAUCACAUCGCAAAAACUUGAAAAAUUAGAAGAUAUUAUUUCACAAAGAACUUGUGAAGUAGAAAAAGCUAGACUGCAACAGCAGUAUGAGCAUGUUAAAAAGAUUUGUAAUCUUCAACAAUGUGAAAUGUUGUCCAAUUAUUCAAUCAUUAAAACAAUGAGUAUAACAUUGCAAAAUUAUUACAACACAAUGAGAAAUAAUGGAGCAAUGACAGACACAAUGAAAGACGAAUUCAGACAAUUGAUUAAGUUGUUAGAAGGAGUGAGAAAUAUUAAGUGGUCAGACGUGGAAACUAUUGAUCAUGAAGAACAUUUUUAUAGUUUAACUUGUCUUCUUAGUACAUCUAACUUGAUGGAUCCCCUCCACAGUAAAGUACCAGUAUUUACAACAUGUGCCUUAAAUAAUCAAAAUCAAGAUAAUUGUUCAAAAGAUGCUUUGAAUACGACUUUUAAUGCAUCCAGUUCAAACACAGAUAGCGCUUCUGAUUUGCAUAAUGUUACUGUUACUUUGCUAGAUGGUUCAAAUUCAACUGUUAAGAAAGAUAUAACGGAAUCGGACGAAAAUGCGGCAGAAGAACGUAGUAUUGAUAUUUGUACUCAAGGAAAUACGAGAAAGCGUGUUCUUGUAGACAAAAAUCGUGGAGAUAGUGGAAAAACACCCACAAAACAACAAAAAAAGAUAUUCACGAAAUAUAAAGAUUCACUGGAUUUAUCAGGAUUCAAGGGUAAAGAAAAUAAACAUGUACAAAAGUCGCAUACAAUGAUGAGUGCAAAAAGUAUUGCCACGUUAAAUAAAUUAAAAGCGGAUAAAUUUAAAAAAGAUAGUUUUGAUAUGAAUACAACACCAGCAGCCUUGAAAGUAGUAAGGGAGAAAGAAAGACGUGGAUUAAUGACAACACAUCCAUAUCAGAAACCAAAUGGGAAACAAAAAUCUGCUUCGGGUAUGCCCUCGUCCCGAGGACCAUGGUUGUAGAGAUUGAUACUAUAUCGAGAAAUCUAUGUAAUUAUUUAUGUUUGAGCCAGUAAAUAAGAUGCGCAGAGAACUGGCUAAACAGUCCAUAUCUGUAUUACAAUAUAAGUGCAAAAAUUAUUAGUAGAAAACUAUAAAAAUCUAAAAAAUACUAAAAUUAUUAAAAUAAUUCUUUUUUUGAAAAACAACUUACUUAUCGUACUUGUAUAGAUUAUAUUACUUAAGCUACGUCUGAUAAAUGUAACUGUAUUUUGUAAUGUGCUUCUUUACUAAAAGAUUUCAUAAUUUACGCUACGCGUCCAGCUGAGAGUAUUUUAACGAACUGUUUGAAAGACUGAACACGAAAUGGAUAAAGACAAUAAAUGAAUCAAUUUAAAUUUAUUUUAAAUAGUUUCUUUCUUUUAUAUACAUAUAUAUUGUAUAUAAUGCAAUAUUAUAUAAUGCAAUGAAUACAAAAACUUACAACAAGAUUUCU